AUCUGCAUACAUGAAAUGGUACAUUGUGGUUGAAUUAUUUUCGUUUUGUGCUGUUUAGCAAACCAGACUGAGGCUAGAAUCUUGGUGUUUUCAGGAGCUAUUAAUAUUCAAGAGGGAAUGGACAUGGCUGGUAAAGGUAACAAUGAUGAGCAGUUCCCUCAGCUGCAUGAGUCGAAGGAACCUGAGAAGGCCAGAAGAAAAGGAAAGGUCAAUUUGCGCAAAAGUUUAGCUUGGGAUAGUGCUUUCUUUACAGAUGCAGGUGUGCUUGAUGCCGAUGAGUUGUCCUGCAUGAUUAAGGGAGGUGAUAAACAAACUUUACCUAUGAUUGAGGAGGAUGUGCGACAAUCACUUGAUUCAAUUUCCACGUUGGAAAGUGAUAAUUUGACACUAGAACAUAUUGAAUCAGAGUUAUUUGGAGAUAUAAGAGCCUCAAUCCAGAAGGUGGCCAUUCCAACUAGUGGGGAUUUAUCUGCAAAGACAGAUAAUGUAGCUAAUUCUUCGGCAAAGAAAGUGGAUCUUGCUUCAAAAGAUAGGAUGAAGCCAAAAAUUGCUCCAAAAAGAACUAGUGGAGCACAAGCUGGGAUACCCAAAAGUCAGCCAAAGCAAAUUACUGGAACACAAAGAUUGGGUAAAGGGUUGAACCAGGAUAAGGCACAAGUCACACAGUCUAUCAGUAGAACGACAAGUGUAGCAUCAUUAAAGCCUCCAAAAGUUAACACAAAGUUGCAACCUGUUUAUGCAUCCAAAAGGGCUUCUUUGGAUAUCACACGAGUCAAAUCAGAUAAUGACAGCAUGAAAAUCAGUACAGGUACUUCUGUUAGAGGGGCUCAGACACCAAAAGCAUCUGCCUUAAAUAAAACCAGUAGGGUGUUGCCCAAACCUGCUACAUCGAUGAAGCCAUCUUCUGUGGGAUCUUCACCUGCAAUGAAAAUGCAUGCAAUAAGAUCUUCAAGUGAUAGUUCUGGAAGUACUUCAUCUGACAAGACAGCUAAGUCUUCAAUUCCUGUAGUGAGGAGAAAGAUUGAUAGCAAACCUAUUGCCCAACCUUCUGCAAGUGCAAAACUCAAAACCCCUUCAAAAGCCGCGGUGAAGAGUAAACUACCAUCUGGGAAUUCUGCUGUCUCAGCUUAUCUGAUGUCUUCGAAGAUCAACGCAAAUAUAUCGCCUGCUAGUUCUAUUAGUGAGUGGUCUUCUGUAUCAUCAUCAUCUUCUGCGAUCCAAAGGUCUAGCAAGUUAAGGACUAGCUUUGACACCAGCUCCUGCAGAUCUUUUGAUAGUGACACCUCGGCUUUGGAUAUAAACAAUCAAUUAAUUGAUCAGAAGUCAGAUAAGCCCGAGAUUAGGGGAACAACUUUACCUAGAGAGAGUUCAAAGCAAGCAGGCUCAGUUUCUCGUCCAGCCUCUAUGAUGAAACCAACAGGAUUGCGCAUGCCAUCCCCGAAGAUGGGUUACUUUGAUGGGGUGAAGGCAGUCCGCACUCCUAAUGGUACUCAUUCCAAUCCGUCUACUGCACUGUACAAGAAGGAAGCUACCAUCUGUAGCCCUAAAGUAAACUCAAACAAUAAAGCUAAGAGUGUAAAAGUUCCACUGAGGGCAAACAGAGAGCCUGAAACUCUGAAACACCUCUCUCCUUUAUCUUCUUCAGACAAGUCAAAUAAUUCAGAUAAUCACUCUGGCACUCAAUCCAGUUCAGCUAGUCCAGUGCCCAAAACUGAAACUAUCGUCUGUAGCCCAAAAGGAAACUCAAACACAAUAGCCAAGAGUGUGAGAGUCCCUCUUAGGGCAAAUAAAAAGCCUGAAACUCUGAAACACCGCUCUCCUGCAUCUUCUUCAGACAAGUCAAAUGUUUCAGAUAAUCACAUUGGUGGUCCAAGUGAUAUUACUCUUAUUCCUGAGUUAUCUCUUGAAGUUCAACAUGAAAUAAGUGGAGCAAAUAUCGAUGUUCUGGCAGAAGAACCUGAUCCAUUUGAACACAUCCAAAGUGCUGGUUGGGUUGCAACUCAGGGUGAAAAUCAAGGCAUAGCAAGUGCUUUGAACAGUGAGGAAGAUAAGGCUGAAGGACGUGAUACAGUUGAGCAUGUUGCAGAUGCUAGCUUGGUUGCAACUAAGAGUGAAAACCAAGGUACAGCAAGUAUAUUGAACAAUGAGGAAGUUGUCUCUUUGGUUUCAAGUAUGAGUGAAAUCCAAGGAAUAGCAAGUAAAUUGAACAAUGAGGAAGUUGUGGCCGAAGGACCUGAUACAGUUGAACAUGUUGCAGAUGCCAGUUUGCUUGCAGCUAUAUUGAACAAUGGGGAAGUUGUAGCCAAAGGAUCUGAUACAGUUGAGCAUGUUGCAGAUGCUAGUUUGGUUGCGGCUAUAUUGAACAAUGAGGAAGUUUUGGCUGAAGGACCUGGUACAGUUGAACAUGUUGCAGAUGAUAGUUUGGUUGCAGCUAUAUUAAACAAUGAGGAAGUUGUGGCCAAAGGAUUUGAUACAGUUGAGCAUGUUGCAGAUGUUAGUUUGGUUACAGCUAUAUUGAACAAUGAGGAAGUUGUAGCCGAAGGAUCUGGUACAGUUGAUCAUGUUGCAGAUGCUAGUUUGGUGUCAACUAUAUUGAACAAUGAGGAAGUUGUGCCUGAAGGACCUGUUACAGUUGAACAUGUUGCAGAUUAUAGUUUGGUUGCAGCUAUAUUGAACAAUGAAGAAGUUGUAGCCGAAGGAUCUGAUACAGUUGAGCAUGCUGCAGAUGCUAGUUUGGUUGCGGCUAUAUUGAACAAUGAGGAAGUUGUGGCUGAAGGACCUGAUACAGUUGAACAUGUUGCAGAUGAUGGUUUGGUUGCAAUUAAGAGUGAACAGCAAGUCAUUGAUAACAAUGAUAUUCACGAGAUUAAGAGUGAAAACCAAAUAAUAGCAAACACUUUGAACAAUGAAGUUGUGGCGGAAGUGCCAGAAGCAGUUGAACAUAUAGCAGGUGAUGCUUUGUUUGCAAUUGAGAGUGAAAAUGAAGUCAUUGUGAAGAAUGAUACAAAUGUGAUUAAAAGUGAAUACCUAAGACUAGAGGAAGUUGUAGCCGAUGAACCUGACACAGUUGAACACGUUGCAUGUGAUGGUUUGGUUGCAAUUAAGACUGAAAAUAAAGUCACUGUGAACAAUGAUACAAAUGUGAUUAACAGUGAACACCAGAGAAUAGAGGAAGUUGUCGCCGAUGAACCUGACACAGUUGAACACGUCGCAGGUAAUGGUUUGGUUGCAAUUAAGAGUGAAAAUCAAGUCAUUGUGACUAAUGAUACAGAUGUGAUCAUGAGUGAACACCAAAGAAUAGAGGAAGUUGUGGCUGAUGAGCCCGUCACAGUUGAACAUGUUGCAGGUGAUGGUUUGGUUGUAAUGAAGAGUGAAAACCAAGUCACUUUGAACAAUGAUACAGUUGUCAUUAAGAGUGAAAGCCAAAGAGUAGCAAGUACUUUGAACAAUAAGGACUUUGUGGCUGAAGGACCUGAUACAGUUGAAGAUGUUCCAGGUGAUGGUUUUGCUGCGAUUGAGAGCGAAAAUCACAGUGUUUUGAACAAUGAUAUCCCGGCUGGUUUGGCUGCAAUUAAGGGUCAAAAACAAGGUGUUAUGGAGAAUGAAAUGAACUUGGAUACUAUUGAGAAGAUUGACAUCAAGCCUGUUGAGGUUUCUAUUACUGAAAACAUUAGACGGUGUCAAACAGAGGAUGAAGAUGGAGUAGGUGUUCAGUGCAAUGGUAAUUAUAAUUUGGACGUGCCUAGCCAGAUGAAUGAGAUGAACCUGGAGGAUAAUGAAAAUGGUUAUAAUUUGGACAUGCCUAGCCAGAUGGAUGAGAUGAACCUGGAGGAUGAUGUAAAUGGUGACCUCAAACAUACCAGGACUGAUCAUGUCGAGAGAGAAUAUGACUCAACUUUCAGAGGUGAUGAAGGUAGAGUAGAUGUCAAGGAUGAUUUGAAUACUCCUGAGAAAACAAAUGCAAAGAAAUAUGUGUGCGCAAAUCAAGCGGACCAAUCAAACAGUCAGGUAGAAGAAGUCAGCAUGACCCCAUUUAGCAAUAAGGUUGAAUCUCUAAUGAACAAAUUGGCCUAUUUGUCACUAAAUACCCCUCAGACAGCAGUUAGAAGGAUCCCCUUUGCUGUCAAGAAUUCUUCCGGUGAUUGUCUUGAUUUUUGUGAAGGAGCUGGACAUGUAGUUGGGAAGACUGAUUUAGAUUUGCCUUCUUUGCAAAUCGAUCAUAAAGAGAACAACAAUUUAUGAGGAUAGCCAAGCAUGCUUCAUUGCAAGAGAUUGUUAGGCUUCAAGAACAAGGCUAGCUUCCGGGGGUGGCAAAAGCAUCACGUUUGUAUAGCACACAUGACGAAGGCUUAAGUGAUGCAUGCUUUUUUUUUCUUUUUGCGUUGAGCUAAGAUCAAGGUUUUUGAGAACAUAUGUCUGUGUAAGUACUGAUAUGUGUAUUACAUGAAUGUAAAAACCUUGGAUGUCUUUAUAUGUAAGAAGAAUUACAGUCAAAACCUCACUAGAUUCAAGAAAACUGCUAUCAGUAAGCACAUGUUUUCCUACACUCAUUGGAGAUUGUCUGAUAAAUGCAAUGUUUUGAUUUUCAUGUAUUGCUGUAUAAA